AGAAGAAGGCAAUGUCUCGUAAACACAUAAGCAAAGAACGCAUAAUUUCGCAGUUGUGAAACUAAAAAUAAAUAGUAAAUACAGUGCAUGUUCAUUUGAUCAGGAUACAUCCGAUUAAACAGUAGUGAAUGAAGUAGCAGAAGUGCAGCCCAACCCUCUGGGCGGCAGUCUGCCUGCUGCUGCAGGGUGCUGGCUGGCAGGUGUGUGUGAAGUCUAUGACGUUGAGAGCGACAGUCACUGGGGCUCGGCUCAUCACUGGGGAGGAAAUACGGUAGUGCCUUAAAUUAUUUGUGUAAUGUCUAGGUUAUUCCUGUCUGCCUUUUAACGCCUCGGCUGGACUCGCCUGUUUAUAUACUAUCCUCGCUUUGGUCGCGGCGGAUGAAGCACACCCAAACAGAGAAGUCCUGUGGUCGCCUUCGUUUGUCAGCUCUUUAGCUGUGGAUGAACUGCAGCCUAGACAGCUUGCCGAACAAGACAAGCCUGUUGCUUCAGGGCUGCAAACGUUACUAGUUCAUAAUUUACUGCACACAUACUGCAGCAAAUUAUGGCAAGUGAUGACAGAGUUGCAAUAUUGUCCGAUGAUGAAGAAGAUCAGAAAAGGAAAUAUGUACUUGCUGAGCCAUUUAACACAUUGUCCCAAGAACAGCCACCCGAGAGUCCUGGACAAGCUUCUGAUUUGGCGACGACUCCAUCUACAGCUGAACAACCAGACUGGUUUGAUAGGCGCUGCAUAGGAAUCAAUGAUGAUCUCAUUAUUUCAAAGAUCUUCUACUUUUUUUUCUAUUCUGCCUAUGGGUCACUAUAUCCAUUACUACCAGUAUAUUACAAACAGCUGGGCAUGUUGCCAAGUCAGAGUGGGCUUUUAGUUGGUAUCAGAUAUUUCAUUGAAUUCUGCAGUGCUCCUUUCUGGGGAGUGGUUGCAGACCGCUUUAGAAAAGGAAAAGCUGUCCUCCUGUUUUCUGUUUUGUGUUGGAUUCUGUUUAACCUGGGGAUUGGAUUUGUUCGACCUGCAGAACUACGUUGUGUACCAAAGAAGCCACCUCCUGUCCCACCUACCAAUGGAACUGGAUUGGCAACUAGUCCCCCACAAGUCACUUCAAAUGUAUCUCUCAACAGCUUGUAUAAUGGGACACAAAAUAAUCAGGUUAAGAAAAGAGACUUAUUUGGCUAUGAAGCACUUCCAAUGGAAGGAGAUCUCCCCCUUCACUCUAACAUGAGUUUACAUUUGCCUUACCAAAUAAGGGCCAGCAGGCCUGUUGUAUUGAAGAGAGCUGCUCGAAGUGCUGAGAAUUCAACAGCUGUAGGUGCACCGACCAAUUUUACCCCAAUUACAACACUUACCACUAUGACCACCAUAACAACCACAACACUAAAUCCAAAUGACUUUGUGUUUAUUUAUGAUCAUUCUGAAGUGGAAACUAUCUUUCUUCUCAUCCUGCUGGUGAUUAUAAUUGGGGAAUUUUUUAGUGCACCUGCUGUAACGAUUGUUGACACUGUCACCCUUCAGUAUCUUGGAAAGCACAGGGAUCGCUAUGGUCUACAGCGAAUGUGGGGUUCCCUAGGCUGGGGUAUUGCCAUGCUGUCAGUUGGCAUAGGAAUUGAUCAUACACAUGUUGAUGUCGUGUUUCAAGGCCAUGGCUGUAAACCUCCUGAUUAUAAGAACUACCGAAUUGCAUUCAUUGUGUAUGGUGUGCUAAUGGCAGUGGCAUUGAUUGUAGCGACCCAGUUCAGUUUCACCUAUAAUCACCCUGUAACUGAUGAAACAAAGAGGGAAGACAUUGAAAUUCCUCGGGUGGAUGAGAAUUCUUCUGAAGCAUCUGUUAGGAAUGGACAUACUGGUCAGACUAGGACUGGUGACCAGUCGCGGCAGUUUCAAUAUCGAGACUUAAUCAGGAUAAUUUGCACCAUACGAUACAGCUCUGUGCUCUUUGUGGCUUGGUUUAUGGGAUUUGGUUAUGGCUUUGUGUUUACCUUUCUCUUUUGGCACCUUGAAGACUUGAAUGGCACAACCACUUUGUUUGGUGUCUGCUCUGUACUGAGUCAUGUGUCAGAACUUACAGCUUAUUUUUUCAGUCACAAGCUGAUAGAACUCAUUGGACAUAUAAGGGUUUUAUACAUUGGACUUGCUUGCAAUACCGCACGUUACCUGUAUAUCUCUUACUUGGAAGAUGCUUGGAUUGUUCUACCUAUGGAAGUGCUUCAAGGAGUAACUCAUGCAUCAGUGUGGGCUGCAUGCAUUUCGUACCUAAGUGCUGCUGUACCUCUAGAAUUAAGAACGUCAGCUCAGGGGAUCCUCCAGGGCCUUCAUCUUGGUCUAGGGAGGGGCUGCGGAGCUACGUUGGGAGGAGUUCUGGUCAAUUACUUUGGAGCUGCAGAAACAUUUCGAGGAAUAGGAAUGGCAUGUCUGGUUAUCCUUCUACUUUUUGCUCUCAUUCAGUGGUUGGCAGUCACUGAUAAAGAUGAAGAAAAGAAAAUAAUAGCUGAAAGGAUUCCAGUCCCAUCUAGUCCUGUUCCUAUUGCAACUAUUGAUCUGGUUCCACAGUCAGAAAACUUUGCUCCUCGAUUUGAGCCUAAACUCCCUCCCAAGAAAACUAAACACCAAGAAGAACAGGAAGAUGUGAACAAACCAGCAUGGAUGAUUAGUUCAUCUCCUUGGGUGUCCAUUUCCUAUGCCCUGUAUCAGAUUAAAGAAAUGCUAAACCAAUCCAAAAUCAACCAACUUUCAGAGAAUCAACCUCUGCAGGAAAAUAAUGAGCACCCUCUGAGGUCUCCAGCAACUUCUGUAGCACCGUCCCCGGAUAUGAAAAACACCAACAACUCUCACAGAGUUCCAGAGUCAGUAUCACAGCCAGACCAACCAGCUGCAGUUCCAGAUUUGCUGAGGCAGGGAGACGCAAGUAGCAGCGUGCAGCCUGAGUCAGUCAAACCUGCACAGUAAGCACAGCAAAAGGACUCCAAAGGAUUGCAUUUCGCUAGGAAUUUCUGUAACUGCUCAGAAGCCUGACAACACCCAGACUUUAGAAUAGACAUUGCUCUGAAUACCCUUCCUUCACCCUGUUUCUGGUUUAAAAACAUUCACAAUGUGCCUAAAAUUAAACCUCAUCUCUACUGGGUAUACCAGGUAUAUUUUGGUUUUCUUACUACAAACAAACCAACAAAAAAAACUGCGCAAUGAUCAGAGUUCACUGCAGAUUAUGUUAUCUGUUUGCUUCAUUUAUGACUGAUGGAAACCAACAGCCCCUGUGAUAUUUCUUUAAGAAAGACUGUGGUAAUGAGAAUUGCUUAGAAAAAGAAAUUACUGAAAGCAGUUCUAGAGAAUGCAUGUGAUAUUAGUAAUUUGCCUGUAGUAUGCACAGGAAGCAAAGCUCUAAAGCUCUAUCUGCUCAUCAGCAUUCAGGUUCUGAAUUUAAAAUCUGCUUUAUAUUAUAUAUUUUUGAUUGGGGGGAAGUAAUAGCUCAUUGCACCUACCAUUUAUUGAUUUGAAGUCACUCAUUCAGAGGAAGGAAUUCUCUGUCAUGCUGCUUUGUACAAUGUAAAAGUUUUCUGACUUUUGCAAAGUUAGUACUUCACCUAGAGUGAGUGGCAUAUUUCUGAUUAGAGGAGACCUUAUGUAGUAUAACUCAGCCAUUUUUCCAUGCUCUAAAUUUAGCAGAGUUGUCUCACAUUAACGGUUAGGGUAUGCAGACUAAACAAGUCUAUAUUAAAAUAAAAAUGUGUUAGUUACUGUAAAACUUAGAGGCUUAGUACCCAAUCUCAAAACAAUAUGUGAAACAAUGAUGCCAAGCAGAUGCACAUUUGCACUUGCUGAGAUAGCUUUGUAUAAGAGGGAUGACAGACAGAUGUGGUGAGUCUGAGUCUGGUCUAAAGUAAUGGUUUUGCACCACAGAAUGUAGAGAUGUGCAUGCCAUUGAAGUGAGCUUGAAUUAUCACAUAUAAUGAAUUUUCCUUCUUUUUAAUUUCUAAUUAUUGCACCUUGUUGUCACCAGUGUAUCAAUGUAUACACAAACUGCUAGAAGUGAGGGAAGUUUCCUUUAGAGUCACAGAACAUACCCAGAUAUGUAGCCAUGAGUGUUGAGGUAAUUUUAUUUUUUGCCUUUGUCUUCUUUCCUGUGGAAAGUUGCAUGUAGUGACUCAUAUUUGAUAGAAUAGUAGAAUUUGCUGCAGAUUGACCUUUAGUGGCCUUCAAGCCUUUUGAAUGCCCAUGGGCACAUUGUUGCAGUUUGUGUCACAAAACUUAAUUCUCCCUCCCCAGCAGAGAAAAUAUCAUGAUGGUUUAGAAUCCUGUGACAUUCCAGAACAGGCAUCUUGCACUGACGUCUGGCUCCUUAUUGCUAAGUCAAAAAGUACACACACAACUUGCACCACAUUUUCCAAUCCUACCUUUAUAAUGGAUCACUUUGCUGUAAUGUUUUCGUAUAUAGAUUGGCAGAUGUGCUUAGAAUAAGGGGUAACAUGUUUCUUUGAGAUGAUUAGUUUAAGGAAACAUGUUUAUUUUUCACAGAUUGCAUAAGUACAAUAUGUAUUUUCCCCAAAAUAUGAGCUGUUUGGUUGUCUGAAAUGCAUUUACAAAGAUAUUCAGUAAAUUUGGAUGCAGCAAUUUAAGGUCUGACAAGGUUUCUUUCUCCUCUGGGGAGUAUUCUUGAAACGUACCUCAGAGUAAGUUUUGAAAAGAAGUCACUUAGUCCGUCAAAGUUCUUUUUUUUUUAAACUAAAAAAAUGAAAAGAAAAAGACGGUGCAGUUCCCAGCAAACUGGUUAAUUUAAGUUUUAUUGGAUCUAAGAGAGGCUCACAGAAUGAUUUAAAUUUGAUAGCUUAAACAAGCUAUAAAUGUCUUCUUGAUCCAAUAAAAGUAAAUCAAAUGAAUUGGUUUCAUUGGUUUUUGUACAGGGAGCAAUGCAGCCAAUAACAACUGUCUGUCUAACUGAUAUGUGUGAUACUAAUUUAUUAUUAUUGAAAAAUACGUAUUUAUUUCAGUGGGAGACGGGUACAUUAUUAAGCAAAGUAGAUUACGUAAUCAGUAGUCAAGUUAAAUGUUUAAUUGAUGAAAAAAACUGUGGCUUAUUUCCUUGUCAUUGAACUUGUGGCUUACUGCAGUAUUACUGAAAUGUUCACAGUAUGAUGCGCUCUUUCUUUUUCUUUUGUAUAUGUGGGUACCUUAUGCCAGUGAAUGCACGCCUUACCACUGACAGUUCUCCAGAAAGUUACUGCCAUAUGUCUGCAAAUACUGACUCUAGGUGGUCUGUAAAACACAGUUUGUAGACGCUGUUCAUAUUGAUGCUUGGAUUUGGUUAACUGUUUUUUUUCCUAAAGUGCCUGUAUAGUGUAUGUCAUAGCACAGCAUUGCAAAAUGUGUCCUCUCAUCCAUUCUGAAGUCAUUGUGUACAUCUGUUGCCUCUCCUUGGAAGUUUCUUUCAUGGUUAGCAAAAGAUAUAGUUAGCAUUUUAGCAUUGACACUCAGAAACUACAGACAAACUUGAAACUUAAAAUAUAUAAAGGUACACUUUUGACUUCUGUGUCAUAUUACAUUCAGAUUAAAAUUUAAAAGUUGUGAUUGUUGGUGUUCACCAAAAUUCACUGAAGGUAGUUAAAUGUCUGACCUGCUGUUUUUUUUUUAAUCUUGUUAUAAAUGUGGUUUCUGGUUCUUGAAAUGCUCAUAAAUAUUCCAAUGACCUUUUAUUUGGUUGGUAGCAGUUUUUGUAGGAUGAUUUGCUGUUUAGAUGAAGUUCUGAUGCUGCACUUAAGUGUUAAUGUCGACCUUGUGUCCUUGGGGCAAGAAUUGCCUUGCUUCAUGAAAGAAAUACCCUUCCUUAAUGUGGGCAAGUAAAAAUGUUUCUGUACUUGUGCUGGCAAGUAAAAAUGUUUCUGUA